AAUUUGAGAUGGUAAUUUCUAUCCAAAUAGAGACUUGUUCCUGUGUACUUAUGGGUACUUGAAUAAUAAUCAACCACUAGAUCGAUUAACAAUGGCCAAGAGACAAAGAACCAUAAGACAAUCGGCUAACAUAACCCAACAGUGACAAAAUUUGCGAAAUUUCAUUCGAAGUGACUGAAAGUGUGACAAAUCUGAGGAAAACUUCUAAGACUAGGAGUGAUAUGUUGAAUGGUGGUUAUAGUGUUCGUGACAGACCCGAGUGGUCAAUACUUUCCACAUUUUCCAAAGAAGAAAGUUACAUACAGUACGAAGAUUUUCAUUAAGCCAAGUUUGUUUUUUACGCAGGUUGAGCCAGGAGACACGUUUGCAACUACCAAAGAAGAGGAAUGGGUGAGCAAGAAGAAAACAGAGAUCACGAAUACAAAACAGAUUGAGACGAGAGUGAAGAGGCAAGUAGUGCUCGAGGAUGGAGAAGUGGUGGAAGAUUCGGGACCGAUUGUUACGACAAAUACCAGCCAGGAUACCAAAACACAGGAACAUCAACAAACAGAGCUGAGGAAACAAGGAGAUGACGAUGAAGAUGGCCCAAAACUUCUAGAAGAUGCUAAGAGUAAUGUUCUCGUGGCAAAUGCGAACUGGGUGGCAGUGCCAAAUCCAGAAGGUGUCGUCAGGGAGGUUAAGGAACGAAAAAUUGUAUCCAGAGAAGAGACAGAAGAAGUCAAAGAGACGGAGGAUGUUCAGCAUUUGGGAGAUAUAACCGAUGAGGAUUUCCUAACCGCCGUCCGCAGUGGCAAGAAAGAUACUUGUCAAUGAGACUUGGAGAAGCAACAAAGUUACUGAUACGGAGGACACAAGAGAACUCAGCUCUGUCAGGCCUGAUGGCAAAAUAGUAACAGAAACUGAACGCACUACGCAACACGAAGAAGUUAAAGACGACGAACUUCCAGAAGAAGCUCCCGAACAGGAUUUCCAGAAAGAAAGUUCUCAGAGGUUUCUCAAGACGAGAGAACAAGAAGACGUGGAUUACAUCGCUAAUGGUACAAACGUUGGUCACGAGAUGAGAUUCAAGACAGAAACUAUGGAGGUGGAACGUCGAGGAGACGGGGUCGAUGAGCCUGAUCUGUUCGAGUCCCUUUCUGCAAGAGCUAGAAGGAGGGCAAGUAAUAGACAACCAAGACAAAGGGGGUUGGAGAAUGAUGUAGGAGUUUCACUUCUCGAUAGAAAAGAUGCUCUCACCCGCAAACCACUCAAUUUCGAUCAAGAAGAGGAAACCCGGAAAGUUGAAACGUCGAAAUGGUUAGAAAACCAUUUUGGCAGUGAUUCCCGUUCGUCAAACAACUCCACCAUUGACGAGGAGGAUCAUCCACCCAAAACCAGCUUUUUUAAUGUGACAAUCAAGUCGCAACCGAGAGUGGAGCCUGUUCGUGAUACUUUUGAAUCUAAUAUCAAGGAAACUUCGAGAGUAUAUAGUCCAGUGGAGCCCGAAAGGGACAGAAAUCCUAUCGGGGGUUAUUAUAAAGGAGUCAGCGAGUGGUCGGAAAAUCGCAAAGAACACCUGUAUACCGAACGUCGCUCUCCGUUGCCAUACCAAUCCCCGUCCUACUCCACUGACCACCAUCGUCGUCAAUCACCUGUUCCAGACUAUAAGUCCGCCAACUCUCCUUCUCCAGACUACCGAACUUCACCUUCGCCCGUUCCAGACUAUAGACCAUCGCACUCGCCGGAUCGGGAGUAUAGAUAUCGAAUACCUCCACAGAAAGAUGUCAAUAUCACUCCUACUCCACCUCGAAGAACGAAAAACGACCGACAGAGACAUAUGGUUGUCGAAGAGACAUCCAGGCAUGAGAACGGUUUCAGAAAUAUUCGAAUAGAAGAAAAUAGGAAUCGAAAAGAAUUGAGGGAACCUAUUGCAGAACCUCCUCCAGAUUAUUCUCCACCUAGUCCACCACACUUUGCUAGUAGCAAUAAGAAGCAAUCUCAGAAAACUAGAUUUGCAGUGGAUACGCCGACCAAGCCUCCGAAGAGUGGAAAUAUUAUAGGCCAAUCAAUCCGCAAGUUAGUCGGCAAGAUCCGAUCAGCGAGUGCUGAACGAAAAGCGCGCCAACGAGCCAAAAGAUCUCCGAGCCCUUCUUACCAAAAGGGUCACGUGAUCGACAGCAACAUAGGUCACAGCAUGGAUAGACUAGAUAGGAUAGAUAGGCAGCAGGCACCGGUCCAGAGGUACUAUCUGGGAGAAGAUCCUUUUGCCGGAAGCAUAUAUGGGAGGGAACACAAAUACGAGGGUGCGAAGCCAACAUCUAGAAUUUCUAGAAGACCGCCAAAAGAGGUUCAAGAGGAGAGGAGAUCGCAGAGCACGCUUGGUCGAUUCAGUAAAUCAACAACGCGCUUGGUGAACAGUCAACCACUAGGAGAAAGGAAUUCUCAGACACUGCCUAGGCACCUGAACAAACAAGAACCCACAUCUAGACUGGGUAAUAGAUCCAACAGUACAAUCAACGUGUCCAUUAUCAAUACAUUAUCAUCACCAAGAAAAAUAGAAGGACCUACGAAGCCAGCCAGGACUUACAAAUCGAAUUUAUCGAGGAGCAAAAGUUUGAACGUGCACGCAGGCCUAGAUCCUUCCAUACCAGGCAUGUAUACGAGCAACCCACAUUUGAACAAUAACCCAAUAGGGCUCAAAAGUCCUGGAUUAAUUUCAAGUCUUAAUAGAAGCCAGAGAGACAUCAACGAGGACGUCUACACAACCCGUUUUGUCAGAAACGGCAAUAGUGAAAACGUGGACAGCAAGAGGGUUUUUUUAUCUACCCUUAGAGAUCGAGCCCCGGAAUUGUUCAAAACACUGGAGGACAGUGACAAGUAUUCUACCCCUCUGAGAAAUGGAAAGAGCUAUAAUGGCGACAUUUUCGAGCCUCCAACCAGAUUGAGGGACAGCAAACACUCAACAUCUGCUCCAAAAACCUCUCUGAUUCGUAGAGGGAGUUCCUCUAGUACCGACUUCUCGGAAACGUAUCACACAACAACUAGGAACGAGGAUCCUCGGAAUCCAAGUAUUACGAACACAACCAAAACUUUUAGUAAAAAGACAAUUCCGGCCCAUCAUGGUAGAGGGGUAGAGACUGUCGAGUCCAGUGAAACUAAGAUAACAAAAAGUAGUCAUUAUAGAGGUGGCAGUGAACCUCCCAAAAUGGUCCGCCAAGAAAGGUAUUAUAACAGUUCUGGAUCUAAACCUGUGGUGAUUGAAGUUCGAAAUUACAAGUAGGAAUUGAUUCUUGUGCCUUAUUGGUUAGUUAUAGUGUUCAUUUUUGUCCAUUUUAUUUAAUAAAUUGAACUCACAUUCUGAUGUUUCUAACUCAUCUAAUUUAACUUUAAUCUAUACAUAGACAUAUAAUUAUUGUUGUUAACAUUAUAUUUAUAUAUACUGUAAAAUUGUCUUUCUGAAUUUUUAUUGUAGGUGUAUGAUUUUUGUGAGUAGACCUUGAUGAGAAAUCGAACGUUAUUCAAAAUUAUGAGCGAUGAAUAAAAAAGCAUAUCGAUGCAAGUGAAAUUAUGUGGUAGUCUGUCAAGUAGUCUUCAUCGAAUAAUCAGGAACAUUUUAACCUAUUACUUCAUCAAUAUCGAAACUUCGAAAUGAAAUCAUAUUCCUUAUUAUUAUGGAAGGGUAAAAUGAAUAAGUAGAUCCAUUGCUGAAAAUGUGGGUUUUUAGCAAACUUCCAAGAGAAAAAUUCGCUUAUUCACCUUAUAUAUAUGAGUCAAUGACAUUGACAAUAUGAUCUUUUGCAACAAAUUCUCAUUAAUAUAAUUGAUUCAUAAAUGUGAAUACAUAUAGUUGAGGUGUCAUUAGAUUGUUGUGAAUGGAAUUCACGUACGUAUUGUGUCCAGAAAAAUAUUAUUCUCUGUGCUCAUGUUACUUCUAUCUUCAUGUAUUAACACGAUUUACACAAUAUUGUUCAUGAAGAAAUAAUGGAAGGUAUAGCAUUAUUCUGAAGAACAGUGGAGAAAACAACUACUUUCCUGGCUAUUUGCCACGUCGAACAUUGAAUUAUAUCUGUUGAACAUCCAAAAAGAGAGCAGAGUUUAUAGAAGUAUACCUACUUCUCAUAUACAUUUCAAUUUGAGAGAUGAAGUCAAUUCUCAAUUUCAAUGUUCAACAUAUAUAAUUCAAUGUUCCACGUGGCAAAUAGCCAGGAAAGUACUUAUUUUCUUCGGUUGAAUAUUCAGAAUGAUAUUAUGUGCAUAUCUCUAUAUGAAGGAGAAUUCAAAUUCUCUACUUCAGAAGAUUUUGUUUUCAAAUUCUUAUCGUGUAUGUUCACAAAAUGUAAUUAAAUGUUCGUCGUGGCAUAUAGCCAGGAAAGCAGUUGUUUUCUGUUGAAUAAACCGAGAACGAAUUGAUAU